AUGACAAGGUCCGCUUUUUUUCCCAACGAAAUCAAAGAUGUUAUUAUCAUUGGAGCUGGUCCUUGUGGAGCAGGCUUUACCAAAUCUUUGUUACAAGAUCGUUCCAAGUAUAGAAGUAUCCGAGUCUUUGAAAGAAGAUCUGUGGCGGGAGGAUUAUGGAAUUAUGAUGAUGUUGAUGAGCCGCUAACCUUGGGCCCAUCUACACACGCCAUCAACCCAAAGAAUAGUAAUACGGGAAAAUAUUUAUGGCCCACUGCCGCUCAUAAAGAUUUGGAUACUAAUAUUCCGUAUGAAUUGAUGCAAUACAACACUUUUAAAUGGACGGAAAAAAGAAGACUUUUCCCAACCAGAAGCGAAGUUUUAAAAUAUUUCCAGACCUACAGUGAAGCCAUUGAGGAUUAUGUCGAAUACAAUACAAGCGUUGUGAGCGUCAAGCAGCUAGAUGAUUUGAAAUGGGAGGUAGUGGUUCGUCCAGUGUCUACUGAAACUGAAGGAUCACUCAAACAGUCUUUUGAGCUGGGUUUUGAAGACCGAGUGUUUAUUGCCGAUGCAGUGGUUAUUGCUACUGGGCAUUAUGAUAUCCCAAGAAUUCCGGAUUUCAAAGGGUUGAAAUCAUGGCACCAAAAAUAUCCCGGUUCAAUAAUCCACUCGAAAUCAUUCAAAUCACCUGAGGAUUAUUCUGCUAAAGACAAAAUCUUGAUAAUUGGGAAUUCCGCCAGUGCGGUUGAUAUUAUCGUGCAUCUUAAAAGCAAAUGGAACACUGAAAUUGAUAUUUAUAAUUCCAUAAGAAGCAAAAACAAUGACAGCUCCAUUACCAUUCCAGGAUUAACUGCUGUAUCAGAGAUUUCUCAAUUCAAUGCUUCAGAACAAAGUGUGGAGUUCAAAGAUGGCAAGAGAAUUACGGGAAUUAACAAAAUCAUAUUUGCUACUGGGUUUUUGAGAACAUUUCCUUUCCUUGAAGAUAUUAAUAGCUCAAAUAAACCAUUGCUCAAGUCUGGGAAUAGGAUUCACGGAUUGUGGAGACAUAUUUUAUCCUAUGAAUAUCCCGGUUUGGCAGUUGCAGGAGUGCCAAAAUAUGGGGGCCCAAUGGCAUUGGCGGAAGUCCAAGGCGCUUGGUUGUCAAGAGUUUUCUUAGGGGAGAUUGAUCUUCCUAGUAUCAAUUUGAUGAAUAAGUGGGAAAAAGAUCGUGAAGGAAAAUUGGGACAUGAUGCCCCAAAUUUCCAUUUUUUAUUGCAUCCAGAAGAUGUUAGUUACUACAAUAUGUUGGUUAGAGAAGUGAAGGAAUCAAGUAACCCCAGCGCUGAAGGAAUUGAAUAUUUGAGUCAAUAUUAUAGUACUGUUAGAGCCAAUUUCAAACUCAUCAAGAAAAAAUAUUAUGAUAUGAUUCUGGCAACAGGCUCAAUGGUGUAUGAGCUAGAAGAAUUACAAAGCAAAGCACCAUUUAAAUUGUCCACUUUUACACCAGGUCCUCUAGAUGUUUAG